AUGAAUCCUCCAAAUCGUCUUAAAUGAAAAUCUGACUUCGAUAAAUACGUCGUUAUCGUCAACUUCGAAAAACGACAAUGGCAGCACACAGCAGACGACGACUGAAACGUAUAUUGAGCUAACGUCUGAACAGUUAAACAAAUUUUCAGCCCAGAAACAGGACAGAGAUUAGGCGAUAUGCAGCUUCUCAAUCAUUUUCCCAACCACUACGAGCUUACAAGAAAAGACCUAAUGGUAAAAAACAUCAAAAGAUACAGACGUGAAAUGGAAAAAGAAAACAACCCAAUAGCUGAAAAAGAUGAGCAUGGAAAUUACAUUCAUCUUGAUAUUAUUCCUACAACUUAUAAUCUGCCUGGGGACUAUUCUAUCUUUGUGGAAGAAUUUAAGCGAAACCCAAACACGACAUGGAUUAUGAAACCUAAUGGAAAAUCUCAAGGAAAAGGAAUUUUUCUUGUAAAUAAAAUUUCACAGGUAAAGAAAUGGGCAACUUCGUCAAAGGUUCCAUUUCAGUCCAUUGCUAUGAAAGAAGCUUAUGUGAUUUCUAAAUAUAUUGAUAAUCCUUUAUUAAUAGGUGGGAAGAAAUUCGAUUUACGUUUAUAUGUGCUAUAGCCCAAGGCUUCUUUUGGAUUGCCCUAUGCUAUAUGGUGCCUAAAACAACAGGCUAAGUUGGCUUGGGCAGCAUCAGUUGCCAAAUCAGCUUGAUCAACUAAUUAUAAUGCCACUUGUCAGCUGGCAGAGUUGACUUAGCAGCUGAUGCUACCCAAGCCAACUCAGCCAGUUGUUUAGGCAUCAUGUAGCCCAGGAAAAUCAAAAGAAGUAUCUGGGCUAUAGUAACUUGCUAUAGGCCACUUAAAGCCUAUUUAUAUAGGCAAGGAUUUUGUAGGUUUUGCAAUGAAAAAUAUACAUCAGAUGUGGCAGAAAUAGAUAAUAUGUUUAUCCACCUUACAAAUGUAGCAAUUCAAAAGCAUUCAGAUGUUUAUAAUGAUAGGCACGGAGGGAAAUGGAGUUUACCAAGCUUAAGGUUUUAUUUAGAAUGCACAAGAGGUAGAAAUGCGACUGAUAAAUGCUUUAACGAUAUAAAAGUUGUAAUGAUACAAAGCUUGAAGUCAGUAUACACUAUUCACGUUAAUAGAUUGUUAUGGAGCAGCUCUUUACACCCAAACUAAUAACAGCAAGAUCAAUUCUUAGACAAAAGAAGUCAAAAAUGGUAAAAUUUUUACCAUAGUUUUAAAUUUGGCAUUUUUGUAAUUGUCUUAUAAUAAGCAAUAUAUUGGUAACUUUGAGUCAAAAAUAAUUGGUCUAUAAGGAUCUAUUAAACUAAAUUGAUUAUACAAAGUGUUAUGAUAAAUGAUAGGCAUUGCUUUGAAAUGUAUGGAUAUGAUAUAUUGCUUGACUCUGAAUUAAAGCCAUGGCUGCUAGAGGUGAAUGCUUCACCAAGUUUGACAACUUCUACAGAAAAAGAUAGGGUUUUGAAGUCACAGCUGCUGAGAGAUGUAUUUCAGAUUGUUGUGCCUAAUGAUUGGACUGAUGAAAAAUCGGUCGAAACUUUUUAUUUACUCGGGAAAAAAUUUAAAAUUCGAUAGCCUCACUAGGAAAAACUUUUUGCCAAAAAUUCGAAAGAAUUCAACACUAGAAAAAUGUUCCGAUCAAAUGGCAUGCGGCCUCUGAAAAAUCAAAGCACGGCGCUAAUACAUGUACAGAACGAAGCGUUGGGUUUUUCGAUCUACUUAUUGAUGAAGGAUGCAGUGAGCCUGAAAAAGGAGGAAACAGAGGGCCCGCAAGGAGAGGGAACGGCAAGCUUUGGAAAUAA